CUUGAAGUCUGUAUUUUCUGUUUAAAAGCAAAGGACGAGGGUUUUUGCCCUUUUUCUCUCGUCAAAUUUACGGGUUUCUGGUGAAAUCAAACUCUAAAGAAUCUAGGGUUUUGCUUCUCUUGGGUGUGGUAGAGAUUCUAAAUUUAGCUGCCUGGGAAGUGAUUAAGAAAAUAUGUCCACCUCUAAAGAAUUUCAAGGUGUAUCUAGUUGCUAUGUCUUUAAGAGCCGGUUGCAAGAAUACGCUCAGAAGAAUAAAUUUCUUGCUCCUGUUUAUGAAACUUUGAAGGAAGGCCCUCCUCAUGAGCCUUACUUCAGAUCCUCAGUGAUUGUAAAUGAUUUUAAAUAUGAUUCUCUCCCUGGAUUUUGCAAUCGCAAGGCGGCUGAGCAAUCAGCUGCGGAAGUUGCGCUUGUAGAAUUAGCUAAGUUGGGAAACACUGAUGAUAGCAUCAGGAAUCCAGUGCAUGAAUCAGGUUUAUGCAAAAAUCUGCUCCAAGAAUACGCGCAGAAAAUGAACUAUGCGGUUCCAUCUUAUGUGUGUCGGAUGACUGAAACACGGGGAAAAGGGACAUCUUAUACUUCUACUGUUGAUAUUGGGGGAAUAAAGUAUAUAGGAGCUGCUGCAAGAACCAAAAAGGAAGCGAAACUCAAAGCUGCCCGAACUGCUCUCUUAGCAAUCCAAUCCAGUACUAAUGGAUCCCACACAAAUCCUAGUGGUGACUGUCAGCUUACAGUUCUCCCACCUAUUAAGAAGGCUCCUGAGCCAGCUGCUGCAGUUGAUAUUACAAAAAAAAAUCUCAAACCGAGAAAGAAUAAAUUUAAGAAACGAUGGCAGAAAAUGAAAUUCCUCAAGAAGAAUGGUGACCAGGUAACUACUGACCCAACAGGGGAAGCUUCUGGAAGUACAGUUAUAGUAAAUGCUGGAAAUUGUGACGAAAUUCAUGCCCAAAGUUCGGGGGUGUUGGAUGCCGAUAUGAAUGAUCAGUCUAUGCAAAACGUUACAUCAUCAGAUGGAAGUGGUAUAGAAAGGUUUCCAACAGAGGAAGCUUCUGGACACACACUUAAUACUAGCGACAUCCAAACCUUAGGCUCAGCAGCAGAGGAGACCAUGAUGGAUAUGGAAAUUCGAACUGCACAAGAUGUUGGAUCAGCAAAUGGAAGUGGUUUGGAAAGGUUGCCAGCAGGAGAAGUCUGUGGAAUGAUAGUUGUUAGAAACACAGAAAAUACUACCGAAAUCCAAGCCCAUCAUGGUGCAGCAGCGGCGGAGGCCCAUUUGGAUAUGGAUAUUCAGUGUACGCAAAUUGGUGGAUUAGCAAAUGAAAGUGGUUUAGAAAGGAUGGCAACAGGAGAAGCUUCUGGAAACACUGAAAAUACCAACCAAAUCCAAGCCCAGGGUUUGGGAGUGGCCGAGGCCAUUGUGAAUCCUAGGUUUGUGCAAAUUGGUGGUUCAGAAAAUAUACCUGAAAGUGGUGGGGAGACAUUGUUGGCUGAAGCAAAAUUAACUUAUCAAGAAAUCAAAAUGGAAGUUCAAAAUGACCAAGGGUUUUCAAGAAAUUGUGAAUCAGAAAAUGGAACUGGAAGUGGUUUACAAAGGUUGUCGGCUGAAGCAAAACAAAGCUUUCCAGAGACCAGUUCAGAAGUUCAAAAUGACCAAGGGUUUUCUCAAAAUGGUAGUGGAAGUGGUUUACAAAGGUUACCGGACGAAGAACAAAAAAGCCUUCAAGAGAUUAUAAUGGAAGUACAAAAUGACCAAGGGUUUUUUCAGAAUUUUGAAUUACAAAAUGGAAGUGCAAGUGGUCUAGAACUGGACGAAGCACAAAAAAGCCUUCAAGAGAUCAAUGUGGAAGUAGAAAAUGGCCAGGGGUUUCUUCAGGAUUUUGAAUUGCAAAAUGGAACUGCAAGUGGCUUAGAAGGGUUGCCUGCCGAAGCACAAAAAAGCCUUCAAGAGAUCAAAAUGGAAGUAGAAAAUGACCAAGGGUUUCUUCAGAAUUCUGAAUUACAAAAUAGUGGUUUAGAAUGGUUUCCGGCCGAAGCACAAAAAAGCCUUCAAGAGAUCAAAAUGGAAGUAGAAAAUGACCAAGGGUUUCUUCAGAAUUCUGAAUUACAAAAUGCAACCGCAAGUGGUUUAGAAAGGUUUCUGGACGAAGAAAAACAAAGCUUUCAAGAUGCCAAAAUAGAAAUUCAAGAUGACCAAGGUUUUUCUCCGUAACGAUCGUGUCUGGAUUGGUUGAACCAGCUACCAACUCGCAUGCCUGCCCAUUGUUGAACUUGACCAAAGAGUAGAAAAGACCAGCUUCAUGUUCCUCGCACAGUAAGUAAAUCAAAGCUAGGAUUCCGUUAAUUUUGUACCAUUGAACGAUAAUCAACUGAGGUGCAUGUUUUUUUGUAAAUCCCGUUGAGGAGAGAUUAAUUUAGACGUUCAGGUUGGGCCGCUAUCUCACUAUUUUACAACAAUAUACAGAUGAUUCAUGAUUGCUAGUUUUUAAAUCUCUUUUGUUUCA